UUUGUGUAGUCGUUUUUAGCAUCAGUUUGUACUAUUCCUAUUUUUGAUCAUUUUUACAUUACUUGUUUCUACUUAUAUCCUCUUUCUCUUAGGCUACAUUUUUCAGACUAUCAUCAUAUUUUCUUCUUCUUUCUCUCUCCUCCCCCAAAAACCAUCAAAUUUUGGCACUGAUUAACAACAUUUCACAUGUUUACUUCUUCCUAUAAAUAUCCCUCUUUUUUCCAGUUUCCAAAAGUGCUCAAAAAUUGUCCUUAAUUUUAGCCUUCUUCAAGCGUUCUUUAUUUCUUCCUCUCUUAAGGAAUGGUUGGCCGUUUGUCAAUAAUUUUCUCGACGACUAUUGAAGGUAGAAUGCUUCUCACGGUAACAAAUGACGACAACUCAAUCUCUAGUCUUCCCCAGAGAUCAAAUGAAGAGGCGGCGGCAUUACGAGGGCGAGAGAUAGGAUCAAGGCCACCAAGAUGCGAAGGAAGGUGCAAAUCGUGCGGGCAUUGUGAAGCAGUUCAAGUGCCAACUACCAUUUCUAUUUCGGUCUCCAAUAUUGAGUAUAAACCUAUCACUUGGAAAUGCAAAUGUGGCAACUCUGUCUUCAAUCCUUAAUUACUUACUAGUUGUAACUUUGUUGAUUUUUUUAGUAGCUUUAUCUGUCUUAUUUUUUGUUACCAUAAAAGUAUAAACUUAUAAAAGUAUGGUAUAUAUGUAUGUAAUUAAAUGGAUAACAUU